GCUUGUGACUCAAGUACUUGCAUUGAACUUUCAUAUUCCAAUCCGCAGGCACAAUGACAGAGACUGUGGAAUCUCCUUCUACACAAUUUUCUGAUAGUUACAUCAGUGAAAAUCCUCAGAGAUCAUUAGAGGAGCUGACAGAGGCAUUACAAGAGAGAUCUGAUGAUGCAGACUGCUACUGUCAAAGAGCAUAUGCUCAUAUAGUUCUCCAGAAUUACAAUGAUGCUGUUUUGGAUGCGAAGAGGUCCCUCGAGCUCCGGCCUAACAAUGCAAACGCUUUCCUCCGGAAGGGGUAUGUGUCAGUACCAGUUUUCAAUUACAUUUCAGCACAAGAGACUUUUAAACAAGGGCAGACAUUAAACUCAUCUGAGUCAACAUUUUCAACAUGGAUAAAGAGAUGUGAAGACAAUUUAAAUGGUGACUUCAGUGAGGUGACUGAGCCCAAGUCUGAGAGGAUUAAACACGACUGGUAUCAAACAGAGUCUCAGGUCAUCGUUUCAUUAAUGAUCAAGAAUGUACAGAAAGAAGACAUACACGUACAAUUCGCUGAAAGAGAGUUAAAUGUAAAUGUGAAGCUACCAUCAGGAGAAAUAUACAAUUUAAUGCUGUUCCUGUUUCACUCAAUUGUGCCAGAUCAAAGUACAUUUAAAGUACUUUCAACUAAGAUUGAGAUCAAAAUGAAGAAGACAGAAGCUGUUCGAUGGGAUAAACUAGAGGGUCAAGCAGAUUAUCAAUUAAAACAUUUCACACCAGAUUCUUUGCACAAAUACCCAACAUCAUCUCACCAUACCAAGAAUUGGGACAAGUUGGUUGGUGAAAUCAAGGAGGAGGAGAAAAAUGAAAAUCUUGAGGGAGAUGCUGCACUGAACAAACUAUUCCAGCAGAUUUAUUCAGAUGGCACUGAUGAAGUAAAGCGUGCCAUGAACAAGUCAUUUAUGGAGUCUGGUGGCACAGUCCUCAGCACAAACUGGAUGGAUGUGGGCAAAAGGAAAGUUGAUGUGAAUCCUCCAGAUGACAUGGAAUGGAAGAAAUUCUGAUUUCCGUCUCUCAGGAGUGCAGUCAGAAUGUGAUCUGUGUUUAUUAAGCAAUGUGGUGCCCAACGUUCAGCCUUUUAUUUUCUUCCACCUCAUGUGCUCUUUCAGAACGCUGUUCUUUUACUCCAGAAUGUCACAUUGGCAAUGCUUUGUGUUCGUGGCUUCUGUUAAAUGUUGUAAAGGAUUAAAUCACAAGUCUACCCUCUCCAUUAAUACAGAUUUACAGGAAGGAGCCAGCUCGGGAAUCUGAAGUAUAAUUCCGAAUGCGCAUCAAGCUAUUUUAUUAGUAAUCAGGGUGGUAAAUGUCAUCACACCUGACAGUCUGUUGUAAAUCUUUCAGUUUCCUUAUUGUUUGCCCUUUUAUGAAAAGCAAAAUACAAAUAUACUUUUUCCAAUAAACUGUCACUUGUUUUUCUUUCUCCCCCCACUUUGGUUUUAAGCUGCAGAAGCUCUAGCUAAGCUCAUGGAAAUGUACAGUCUAGUACUUUGUAAUUUAUACAUUAACAGGGAGACUUGAUGUCCCAUUUGAUUUGCAUAGCAAGUCCAAAAUACUGAUGGCUGCCUGACAUUACUGGAAAUAAGCAAUCGAACAGCGGGAGU